GUUUCAUGUGGGUGUGCAAUUGUCGCCUGACAUGAAUUCUGAAGAUAGGUGGUAGACAUGGAGAUAAGGCCAUCUUAUCACCGAGCCCUUAGCGAUGCCCAAUAUUUCCGGUGUAGCCAUGACAUGGCCAUGUAGUACUGUCAAAGACGACAACCAUAUCCAAUCCUAUCUAUAAACCAAACAAAACCAGCACCCAAAAGCCCGGCUCCAAACUCACUCCCCGUCCCCACAAACCACCCCCACAAACCCCAAAGUUUCACUACAAUCCAAUUGAAUUGAAAAUGCUAACCUUCCUCCACAACCAACUCUUCAAAACCCCCAACCUGCCUCCCAACUACCCAGAAACCUUCCACAACAGAACCAUAAUCAUAACCGGUGCAAACACAGGCCUAGGCCUCGCAACAGCGCACCACCUCGCGCGAUGCCGUCCCAAAAGACUCAUCCUAGCCGUCCGCAACCCCCUAGCGGGUGAAUCCGCUAAGGCGGCCAUCCUCGCCGCCGGCACCAGCACCACCACCAGCACCAGUACCACAGACCCAAGCACCACCCCCAAAGACGGGGAUAUGAUAGAAAUCUGGCCCCUAGAUCUGACCUCCUCAGCCUCCGUGCUCUCCUUCGCGUCACGCGCAGAAAAAUCCCUUGGACAAGGCGGGCUAGACGUGCUGGUUUGUAAUGCCGGCGUUGCUACACGAACGUUCAGUAUGGUCGAAGGGGAGGAGGGAGGAGGAGGGGGAGGAAAAGGACAUGAGCGGACGGUUCUGGUGAAUGUCAUCUCGACGUUUCUUUUGGUCGUGCUUUUGGUUCCUGUUCUUCGGCGGUCUGGUGUUGGUGUCGGUCGGGAUCUGGGUGAGCGUGAGGGUGAUCGUGGGGCGAAGGCGACGGCGACGCCGCCCGUGAUCUCGAUCGUCGGUAGCGAGGUGCAUGCUUUCACUAUGUUCCCUGAGCGGAGGGCGCCGGAGGAAAAAGGGGUGGGCGUGUUUGAGGCGUUGGAUCGUCCAGACAUGUACUAUGGGAUCGGGACGAUGGCGGAGCGGUAUCCCACCUCUAAGUUGCUGGAUGUGCUUUUGGCGAGGGAGUUAGCGGUUAGGGUUGGGGAAAGGAUUGAGGGGCAGGAGGGCCAGGGCCAGGGGCAGGGGCGGGGCAUCGUGGUCAAUUGUGUGAAUCCUGGGCUGUGUCGGUCGGAAUUGACGCGCGAGGCGGAUUCGAUGUUGGUGAGAGUUGGCUUGAAGGUGCUCGGGAGGACGUGUGAGGUGGGGGCGAGGACGUUGGUCGCUGGCGCUGCGGGUGGCUGGGAGAGUCAUGGGCAGUAUAUGUCGAAUGGUGUGGUGUGUCCGUCGGAAUUGUCUGCGUUUGUGUGCAAUGAGGAAGGCAGGAGCACGCAGCGGAGGGUCUGGGAGGAGUUGACGCUGAUUCUGGAAGGCAUUAAGCCUGGUGUCAUGGAUAAUUUGUUGUAGAUUAUGUGUAGGUUGCUCUGUUGCAGACAUCUCCGCUCUGGUGGAUGAAGAUGUGCGAUCUGAUAUUUCAUAUAUCCACAAUCUCGAGUAUUGCUUCUACU